AUGGACACAAAGAUUAAAUCACACUCUCUCUUUUUUGCGCUGGUAUUAUUAGUAUUUUUGGUUAAUGUUAUAAAUUGUCAAUAUAUAUAUGAUGUCAAUUCAACUAGAAUUUAUAAAACAACUUAUGAUUAUAGUGGUGGUAGUGGAGUUGUUGGAUUUGAUGGAUUAAAAUGUAAUGUUUUGUAUCAGGCUGUUGUCAAAUUUGAAUAUCCUCAAAGUGAAUUACCAACCAUUUCAUCAAUCAACGGUUAUUAUUUUGAUAAUCAAUCUGUGAUUACUGCAUUUCAAAGUACAUCCUAUGCUUUACUUUUCUUUAAUGUAUCUAUUCCAAAAACUUCCUCUGGUCAACUUGCUACACCACAAUUCUCACUCCAAGCCAAUUCCAGUUCACUACCACAAACCUUUGACUUGCCACCAACCGAAUGUGUUGCACCACCCAAGCCAAACUUUGUUAGUACGACCAAUAAUAUUGUAGUUACUAGUCUAGAUCAAUAUAUCAACUAUCUAGGUUACCGAUUCACAGCUCAAAACAUACCAUUUCUAGAAAACUACCUACCCGUUUGUACAACUACUUUGGAACCAUCUCUAACUUGUAUCGCCGUUCAAGACAUACCAGCCAAAAAAACAAAUGUACUCUUACAAUUUGGGUUACCUGACAGCAGCAACCCAAAACCAAUUCCAAAUACCAUCACUGUUAAAUUAUCAACUCUAGAUUUCACUUCAACUUAUAGUAUUCAAAAAUCUUUAUUAUUUGAUUCAACAUAUAGUACAAUACAAUUUAGUAAUAGAGAGAAUUUAAAUGUUGAAGCUGGAUGGUCACCUGUUACAAUGAUCAAUGGAACCAAAUCAACACCAGGUAAACAAUAUAGUAUUUUUAAAACUGGAGGAACGUCCACUAAAAACUAUGUCCCAAUUGCUUAUUUGGGUAGUGACACUACACAAAAGAAUUAUGGAUUCUUUAAAACUCCAUUAUCUGAAGACCCCAUCUUUACAAUCACACAAAAUCAAAUCAUCAAUCCAUUAUCAUCACCACAACAAUUUAAUUUUAAUUUAAAUUGGUCAAUUAUAAAUGAUACAUUGAUUGAACCAUUAGGAAGUACAUUUACAUUUCAAGUUAAAAGAAGAUUAUAUGAUUAUGUAACACCGGUUAAAGUGACCUAUCAAAAUGCCUAUACCAUUGAAUACAAUUUCCCAUACGGGUUCAAACAAAACAAAGAUUUCUACCUGUGUCGUGUAGUUCCUACCCAUCAAACUAAAUCUCAUAUAUCAAUGUCACAAAGAAAUCGUGUUGCUACCUUUGAACAAUUACCAUAUGAUCCAAGUGAUGUAAAAGCACCAGAAUUAAUAUCAAUUAAAAUGAAGACAGCAUCAGUAUACUCUUAUAUAAUUGAAAUGUUGGUUGAGGAAGAUUACGGUAUUGAUUUUAUAAAGGUUGAUGAUACCAUUUAUUUCUCUGAAAAUAUUCUAUCAUCAGUUAGUAAACCAAAUUAUACAUUUGUAUUUGAACAUAGAUUUGUAAAUAAUAAUGGUCGACCAAUCAAUACCAAACCAAUCAUUGUUAUUCAAGAUUUUGCUAUGAAUGUCUUGAAAGUAAAUCCACAUUUUUAUAAUUUAAAUUAUAAUAGUAUUGAUGAUGCUCCUAUUCAUCCAUUUAAUUUUAUAAAUUCAAAAGAUUUUACACAUUUUGAAUUUAUACCAAAAAUAGUUGAUACUACAAACUCUGCUCAAUCAGUGAUUGUAUUAUUUAAUUUAACUUCUACUCUUAUGGAUACAAUGAUUACACCACAACUCAAUAUUAUAUUAUCACAUUUUAAUAAUGAUGGUGAUGAAUCACUUGCACUUGUACGUCGUCCAAUUGCCAAAUACAGUGUAACCGAUGGAAUGUUUAGAGCAGAGUUUACAGUUCCACAACGUACCGAUAAUUUCACUGCCAUCUAUAGUUUUGAUCAUUCCUAUUCCACUAUUCUUCAAUCCGAUCUAAUUUCAAAGUUUGGUCAAUUAGCAACUUUAAAUUUAAUUAAUAAGGGAAUAAUGGAUUAUUUACCACCAUAUGUUGAAUCAUUUAAAGUUGAAAUAUUAAAUAGAACUAUUAAAUUGGAUAUUGAUAUAUUUGAUCAUCCAAAUGGAUUGGCAAGUGGAUCAUGGAAGAUUAUUUCGGGAACAAGUGGAAAUGUUUAUGAUUUUGAUCUUACUCCACACUCACCACCAGUCAAUGGUUUGUACCAUUUUACAUUUACCAUUACUCUGACUAUACCAAAUUGUAUGCCAAAUGACUUUAUAACAGCAUCGGUUGUAUUGGUUGACAAUUCAGGUUGGACUUCCAUUUAUCCAAGUACAUCAUCUCAAAAUUAUUCACAUGAUCCAUUAUCUCAUUUAAAUUAUAAUACAACAUUCUAUUAUGAUUGUCCAAUUGGAUCAACACCACCAAUAUCAACUCAUGCACCAAGAAUUAAUGAAGUGUAUAGAGAUUUUAAUAAUGGAGUAUUACAAACUGGAAAGAAUUUAACGUUGGUAGCAAGAGCAGUGUUUAUAGACGAUGAUAUGUGUCAGGAAGAGGAGUGUUGGCCAAAACAAUACUUUGAGUCGUUGAGAGAGGUGGUAUGGUCGCCGGCAAUAGCAUUUGAUAACAAGACUGGUCAUAAUUAUAGUAUUAAUCUACCACUUGGAUUUGGAGGUGACUAUGGUAUCAUAUUUAGUUAUUUCGGUAGUUAUGAUUACAGUGGUAAUCUAGGUGGAUCACAUGCAAUGUGGGUAGCCAAUUAUGCAUUUGCUGCAAAUGAAUUGAGUGUCGUUGCAUUGACUAGUACUUCGGAAUCCCCUCAACCGGUUUUAUCAAGUUCAACCGAACCAUCUAGAGGUGGUGGAACUAUCACUUUACGUGGCCAGAAUAUGUAUACUCCAGGAGUACAAGUAUACAUUAAUUAUAAAGAUGGGUCUCCUGAACAAUUGGCAACUAUCAGGCUGAAUACAUCUGUCUUUAUAGAGGUGGAGGUUAACCCGAUUCCAACGACAACCGAUACGAUUGACGUGCGUAUUGUCACGAGUAACAAUGCAUCGAAUAUCAUUCAAAUCCAGACGUCAGAGUAUCUUACUCCAGCACGUCCGUUUGUCGAGCCUGACAAACCCAUCCCAUGCUCCAACUCCAUAUGCAAUAACCGCGGCCAGUGUCAAGAGAAUGGACAGUGUCUGUGUGAGUCACCGUGGUUUGGUCCGACCUGCACGUCGCAGUCUGACACUGACCCAGACUACACCAAACCACCCGAACCUAGCAAGCUGUACCCUAUCAUCGUACUAGGUAACACCAGCCGCUCCAUCAUCGAAGUGUACGGGCUACGCGAACUAGACAUUGAUGGAAAAAUAGUCAAAACUUACAACCUCACCGAAGGAUGGUCAUUUGAAGACAAAUCAGAUUAUUCUCAUGGCAAUGACAGUACUACUAUCCGUUCAACAACCUAUCAUUACUCUACACGUGUACUCAAUACAACCGAGAUGAAUGUAACGGUUGAAUGGUUUAGAGAAUCGACAUCACUAAGAUUUGCAGACGAGCCUGUCAACCUACCACCAUUCUCAACAAAGAUAUCAAUGUCGUUGACACGAUACGAGUUUGGUGCAUUCACCAAUACCCUACAAAUCAUUGUACGAACCACAUUUGAAUCGGAUGAUGGUGAAUGUUCAAAACAAGAUUAUGGACUUGGCAAUGGUGAUGACAAGUCUGAUCUUCAGUGGAUCAAACUCAAUAUUGAUACCAAGAGUAUUUAUGGUCAGUUUAUUCGUCGUGGUAUUGUAGAUGGUCGAUUCACAUCGAUUCGUAAUCAACUCAUUCAAGACGAGUUGAUUGUUAAACCAACACACAAUACUACCACUGCAUUCAUUGGUAUCAAUGUUCCAUUUUACUCUACACUUGCCAUUUUAGACCCUAAUUUUGCUAAUCUUGUAGAUGUUGAUUUAGACAACAACGGUGGUGGUGGUGGUGUCUGUAUCUCUAAAUCUACACCAACUAAACUUACUACUGGAGCCAUUUCAGGUAUUGUAGUUGGAGCAGUAGUGCUAGUUGCACUUGGUACUGGAGGUUUCCUCUAUCGUAUCAAAUUAAAACGAUCUGCUCUUGAAAGAAGUAGAUUCCAAACUAAAUUACAACAAUUUAUGUCUCCAAGUGGUAGUAGUACCCCUCCACCCAUUUCUUCAUCAGCUGCUUGA